AUGCAGCGCGGUCAGACUACAAAAGCAGAGCUUGCGUUGGGCUUGGCUUUGGAUUUGUGGGAUGGAUCUCGACUUGAUCAGGCUGUCCGAAUCUCAAAGUUUGAGUUGAGUGAAGAAUUAUUCUUGAGCAAGCCUGUGGGAGGCGGCCGGUGGCCUCGAGACAGACCACUUUCAAUGCCGUCUGACGCUGCCGCUACUGAAUCUCCAUUCUCGAACCCUCGCGGAAGCAAGCGUGGAGCGUGCGAUCGCUGUCGCGGCCAGAAACUCAGAUGUCUGCGUGAGGAUCAGAGCCAAGACUCCCAUCAAGCCCCAUGUGUGCGCUGCUUCAAAGCAGGCGCUACCUGUAGCUUUGGCACACCAAAGCGUGCUGGUAGACCUUCCACAUCCCAUGCUGCCUCUCCCCAGCAGCGGAGAGGGAAUGGCGGCGGAAUCCAAAAAGAAGGUGGGAUGGCCUCGAGGCCUGCUCUCAAUACACGCGGCCAUAGUGGCUUUUCCGACAACCAUGCAGAUGGAGGGCAGAACCGCCGUGGACCUGGAGGGCGGGGCAGUGGUCGGUUGUUCGGAGAGAAUACUGCAGACCAGGAGAGCGAAGGAGAGACCGAAGGUACGACCCUCGCACAUGCACUGAGCCCUUCGUCCCUGCACGACACCUCGAGCAUUUUGGGUGGAGACAACUUCGACUUUCCCGCGUUUUCCGCAUCCUCGACUGCAACUUUGCCUUGGCCUGACGAAACAUUGCCGUCCUUUUACAACAAUGAUGCCGGAGAAGCUUCGGGUUUCGACCCUUAUGGUCCCAAGUACAGCUGGGCCUUCCAUAGCUAUCAAGCGCAGCCCAUGGACAUCCAAAUACCAAGUGCUUCGCCAAUGAGUAACGAAGAAAAGAUCAGAGAUGCGGCUGUCAAUGCAUAUGAAACUCCUGCACAAACAUACUCGACCAAUUCACAGCUAUUCGGAGCGUCAGAUGAGGCAAUGGAUCUUGACUUGCCCAGUCAAAGCGCCCGUACAGCACCGUUCAACCCCACAGAGGCUCUGAAUUCUCGACCGGAUCGAGCUCAGGACUGGCAUGGAGAAAGGGGGCGGGUUUCCGCCAGCUUUGGGAUGAGCUCAACAGCUCAGUCCGCACCCUCUAAAGACUUGCCUGGAAAGGAAGCCGCGAUCAGACCUAACAAAGAGAAUCUCUCGGUGACGGAAUUCCAACACCGGCGCAUGCAGGAGCUUUCUGAAUUAGCAAUGGAUUUGUAUGCGCAAUUGGCGGCCAACGAUCCUAAGAAUCAUCAGCCUACGUCCAGCGCCACGGCGACUGCCUUCCAAGACCAAUUGGUAGGCAGCGUCUUGAAGAGUUCCAACACCUUCUUGACGCUGCUGACUUCAUUUUCCGAACCCACCGCUCCCUCCUCACUACCCUCUCGCCCUCCUCCUUCUACUCCUUUAAUAAAUCAUAACGACUCUACCUGCAAUUCUAGCGACAGCGGCACCUCACCCUCAGCUUCAGUUCUGGAUCAGGACGACCCUGCCAUGGACGAAGCGGUGCGACGUCCCCACCGCAGACUUUCCGCUGGCAGCUCUGACGACUCCAAGCCGCCUCCCACAAUCGAUAUGACGACCGUCCUUCAGCUCCUCACCUGCUACAUGCGCAUCAUCCACCUCCACAGCAUCAUGCACGCCCACAUCCUUGACUACCUACUCGCCUUCCUCCCACCCGCCACCCGGCACGUCGAUUCCGUCUCCCCCCGUCUUCCCAGGCAUGCGGGUCGGAGGCGUCUCGUUGGAUAG